CUGUCUGGUACGUCUGCGCUGUGAUCGUCUCUCCCCCCUUGCUUCCUUCCGCAGUUCCGCUGCUUGUAGUUGCAUGCAUGUGGCUGUGAAGAUGAUGGCAUCGUCCACCGAGGAGGAGCUAGAGAUGAACAAGAAGAAGGUGUGCGUGGUCGGCGCCGGCGUCUCGGGGCUGGUAUCCGCCCGCGAGCUACGCCGGGAGGGCCACGACGUGACGGUCAUGGAGCAGAGCGGAGGCGUCGGUGGGCAGUGGCUGUACGACCCGAGGACUGACGCCAGCGACCCGCUCGGUGCUGCCGGCGUGCACAGCAGCGUCUACGCCUCUCUCCGGCUCACCUCGCCCAGGGACAUCAUGGGCUUCUCCGACUUCCCCUUCUUCCCCCGCAGCAACGACGACGGCGACUCCCGGCGCUACCCAGGGCACGCCGAGUUCCUGAGGUACAUCAGGGACUACUGCGACACGUUCGGCCUCAUGGACGCCGUCAGGCUCAACACCAAGGUCCUGCACGUGGGACGACCACUGUUGGACGACGACGGUGUUGUGACGCGGUGGACGGUGAGGUACUGCUCGUCCGGACAUGGUGUCUCUGAGCACGAGGCGGUCGCGGAGGAGGAGUUCGACGCCGUUGUCGUGGCCUCUGGCCACUACUCCCAGCCACGGCUCCCAGCCAUCAACGGCAUGGACAAGUGGACGAGGAGGCAGCUGCACUCCCACUCGUACCGCGUCCCCGACUCCUUCCACGCCGAGGUGGUGGUGCUCGUGGGCUUCCACCAGAGCGGCGUGGACAUCGCGCUGGAGCUCUGCAAGGUGGCGAGGGACGUGCACGUCGUCAGCGUCAAGUCCUUGGAAGGCCUCACUCCCGGCGUGCGCAAGGCUGUGCCCAGGCACCACAACCUGCACCUGCACCUCCAGAUCGAGUGCUUGUGCGAGGAUGGGAAGGUCAUGUUCGCUGACGGCUCGUGUGUCGUCGCCGACUCCAUCAUCUACUGCACUGGGUACGACUUCUCGUUCCCGUUCCUGGACACGGGAGGGCUGGUGACCGUGGACGACAACCGCGUGGGCCCGCUGUUCGAGCACACCUUCCCGCCGGCGCUGGCGCCGUCGCUGUCCUUCGUGGGCGUGCCAAGCCAGGUGCAGACGCCGCUGUUCUACGAGGUGCAGGCGAGGUGGGUGGCGCAGGCGCUGUCGGGGCGGAGGCUGCUGCCGCCGGCGGAGGAGAUGCUGCGGGCGGCCGAGGAGUACCACCGCGCCAGGGAGAAGGCCGGCGUGCCCAGGCGCAUGUCGCAUGCCAUCUUCUUCGACUUCGACUACUGCGACGAGUUCGGGGAGAAGCACGUGGGCUUGCCGCGCCCGCCCGAGUGGAAGAAGGAGCUCAUGCGGGCGGCCGUUGCGCGCUUGCUCCAAGACACGGAGACCUUCCGUGACGACUACCGCGACGGUGACCUUGUCCUGGAGAGCCUGCGCCUAGAGGGCUGGUCCUCAGCUCCCUCCCCGGGCACGCUUAACGACAAGGAGAAUGGAAUUGCCAUGCAUGAUAUGAUGCAUGACAGAGAUGGAGAGACACUGGAAUAAGCUACUAGGGCACAGUCAACAUGAAUGAUUUGGCUUCCAGUGCCACAUAUGCAAUAAAGUUGCAACGAUAAGGGUGUCC